CUCGCCUCUUGCCAGAGAGCACUUUUUUCUUUUUUCCCCAAUUGACCUGACACUUAUUCAUUAGGAUGUCGAUCGAUGAGAGCCUCGAAGAUGAGGAUAUUCCUCAAACUGCUCAAACUACAAUUACUAGUUAUUGUUCUAGUGACGUCAUCAAUAGUCUCAACGAAGCAAUGAACCCACUUAUAGAGCAAGGUCUAAAGGAUAUUGGAACAAAACAGGAAGCACAUUAUGUCGAGGAGGUCGACGUGCGAAACGAUAAGAUCAAACUUGAAUCGAUUUUUGAAGGACUUGGAAGCUUCGGAAGAUUCCAACAAAUCCAGUUUAUCUUGAUAUGUAUACCUAUCGCCUUCGUCUCGAUGCAUGUGAUGAGUUGGACUUUUGUGGUAUCUCCGGCCAGAAAAAUAUGCAAUGAAACCAACGAAACACGGAUUGAUGGCUGCGAGGAAUUGGCCUACUCUGCAUCUGACAGGUGGGAAAUGGAUGGAGAUAACGGAUGGAUCCGAGCAACAGUCCAGGCAGUAUACUUCAUAGGUCAAAUGAUUGGAUCCUUCACCUGCGGAGUCAUGGCAGAUAAGAUCGGACGAAAGAAAGUACUUUUCUGGUGCCUAGUGCUUCAAGUGGUAUGCGCUCUCUUAUUAAUUGUAGCUCCCACUUGGUGGAUCUAUGCGAUUUUGAAAGCUGGAACUGGAUUCACUCAACCUGGGAUCUAUGGAGUCGCCGUUGUCUUGGGAAUUGAGCUUGUUGGGAAAAAGUACCGUAGCUUUAUUGCAGUCAUUGCCAACGUCUUCGGUGUUAUCGGAGGGGUGUUACUGGCAGUAAUGGCCUACUUUAUAGUAGACUAUAGGCUUUUGCAUGCAUCUAUUGCAAUUCCAUCCCUAAUCUUCAUAACCUACUAUUGGAUGAUCCACGAGAGCGCCCGCUGGCUUGUAUCUCAAGAAAAAUACGACGACGCCAAUGUAGUUCUGUGUGCAACUGCAAACUGGAACAAGAAAACGAUUCCAAAGAACUGGGCAGAGAAAAUAGAGAAAAAGAUGGAUGUGACUGCAACAAAGAAAAAGGACUCGUUCGGAGUCUUUGAUCUAAUCAGAACACCUCAGAUGAGAAAACGAACCAUCGCAAACUUUGUGAUGUGGCCAGUGACAACUAUGAUGUACUACGGAUUGACAAUGAGAAGUGACGUUGGCGGAGGCAGUUUGUUCGUCACAUUUGUCACUUCUCAACUCAUGGAGCUUCCUGCUGUCAUCAUCGUUGCAUUGCUAAUUGACAGACUUGGAAGACGUAUCAUGUAUUCUGGAGCUAUCUUCACUGCUGGAAUGCUUCUUCUGGCUAGUUGGCUUACACAUGACUUGAUUCCGAGUCAAUAUGCAGUUAUUAUGCUGAUGGUUGCAAAGGGAGCUGUGUCAGUUGCAUAUACUGUCAUGUACACCUACACAUCUGAACUUUUCCCAACAGUUAUUCGCAAUACUGCAGUUGGAUGUUGCUCGACAAUAGCUAGAUUUGGAGCAAUCAGUGCUUCUUUCAUUGCAUUCUUUUUGGUUGAUAGAUUCGGCCGAAUCGUCAUGAUUAUCCCAUUCACAAUACUCGCUUUAUGUGCAUCAAUUGUCUCAUGGACAAUGUUACCCGAGACCGUAAACCAACAACUUCCUGACUCGAUUUCCGAAGUGGAAGGCAACAAGAUUUAAUUUUCAACAUUUACUUUAAUCAUUUUCACACUUACCCUCUUCAUAAUUAUUCUAAUAAUUUUUGUAUGUAAAUAAUGAACUUACAAGUCAUUUUUGGUGAGCGUCAGUUUUUUGAGAUCCGGAGUACUGAUGAUGCCAAGUGAUUUGAAUGGCAAAUCUCCAAUUGAACGAGACACUUCGAUUACUCCAUUAAUUCGACCAUCUCUGGAAAAUUAAUAGUUUAUAAAUCGUAAUUAUUGAAA